AUGCCCAGUACUGGGCUCAAGACAAAGACCAAGCGGGUCUCCGCUCGGUCUCCGCUUGAGAACACCACGAUGGAGAACCGUCCCGCCGAAGACAUUGACAUGGAUGAUGAAACGAGCUCGGAUGAGGAGAGUGUUCCUGAGAAAGGCGAGGAUGAGCUGAAGCUCGAGCGCAUGCUCUUUGGCGACGAUGAGGGUUUUCUGGGUGCAUUGAAGGCCCAACAGGAGCGGGAAGGCGCUAUGCAGCUCACUUUACACAGUGAUGCGGAGAGCGCGAGUGCAGAUGAAGACGAAGGCGAUGAUGGAGAAGAAGGCGAUAUUGAUAAUAUGGCGGAUGCAGAUCUCUUUUUCCUCGACUCCGGCGAUGCACCACCCACUACAGAUCUUAUUCAAACUCCCGAGACACCCUCUGACGAGGAAGAUGAGGAAUCUGCACCAGCCGUGUGGCACGAUAGCGACGACGAGCGCAUCGCCGUCUCCCUCGCGGGCCAGUCCAGGUUGCGCAAAUUGCGCAACACAGAGACUGAAGAUGUCAUCAGCGGCACAGAAUAUGUCCGACGACUGCGCAGGCAGUUCCAGCGCCUGCACCCGACCCCCGAGUGGGCAGAUCCUGAGCUGGCAGCCAAACGCCGCAAGACUGAUUCCGAUGACUCGGACGCAGAUAACGACCACGAAAUGGACUCGGACGAGGAUGAGAAAUUAGCUGCGCAGCCUCUGGCGAAGCUGCUCCAAAACACCACGGAGCUCACACGCAUCGAAGACAAUGCACGGUCAGGCGGGAAGCGCAAAUUGCGCCAGGAAGUUGUUGAUAUCCAGCGGUUGAAGGACGUGGGCAAGGCACAACCGUCCUCUAUCGACUCCCUCAUGUUCCACCCGCACUACCCUCUCCUCCUCUCCUCCGGCCCCGCCUCCACCCUCUUCCUGCACCACAUCUCUCCCUCCGCGCCCUCGCCAAACCCUCUCCUAACCUCUCUGCACAUCAAGCACACACCCCUCCACACCUCUGCUUUCGGCCCGCCCAGCGGCAACCGUAUUUUCGCCUCCGGUCGCCGCCGUUACUUCCACAUCUGGGACCUGGACACCGGCAAGGUGGACAAGGUGAACGGAUCUGCCGACCGUAAGGAAGAGCAGAAGUCCAUGGAGCGCUUCAAGGUGUCCCCCUGCGGGCGAUAUGUCGGACUGGUGGGCACGUCGCGCAAGGGCGGCGGCAUGAUCAACGUGCUAGACUCGGGAACGGCGCAGUGGAUCGCACAAGUGCGGGUUGACGGGCGCGGCGGUGUCGCUGAUUUCGCCUGGUGGUCCGACGGCGAGGGUUUGACUGUUGCCAGCAAGAACGGCGAGGUCUCUGAGUGGGAUGGGCGGCAGCGCCGUAUCAUUGCGCGCUGGCUGGAUGCCGGUGCGGUGGGAAACACGGUUCUCGCUCUGGGCGGCCACAGCGGCCGGUCCGAGCUUGGUGGAGAUCGUUGGGUGGCUAUUGGCAGCACAAGUGGUGUUGUGAAUAUAUAUGACCGCCGCGAGUGGGCUGCUGCGGCUGUGAAUGAAAAGACGAGUUCCGCAAAGAAGGAUGAUUCGGCGCAGGCGGGCGUCCCGCGGAGCCCGACGCCAGCGCGUGUGCUGGACCAGCUCACUACACCGGUUAGCCAUUUGGUUUUCUCGCCGGAUGGGCAGAUGAUGGUGAUGGCCAGUCGGUGGAAGCGCGAUGCGCUGCGACUCAUCCAUCUCCCGUCCUGCACCGUGUACCGAAACUGGCCUACCGCCAACACUCCGCUGGGUCGCAUCUCGUCUGUGGCUAUCUCGCCGAACAACGAGCAGCUGGCGGUGGCCAAUGAGCAGGGUCGUAUCCGUCUGUACGAGAUCAGAGGGUAG